AUGUGGGCGGGAGGGCUGGUGGGCGCGCUAGCCCUCUUUGGGACUAGCAACAGGACCUCUCUUCGAUCGUACGUCGCGCUCACAUCCCCUGUGAUAGAACCCAUUUGUGGUCGGGGCUCUUCAUCACAUCCACGCGUCGGGAUUGCCAGAGUUUCAUCCAUUGCAGGCCCCCUUUUUCCAUAUCCGCAGCCGAUGGCAUCUUUCCUGCAGUCUCUGCCGGUCUGCUCGGCUGUUCGCAAGCAGUCGACUGCAGCUCCCCUCUUCCUCAAUGCUUCACAUUUUGUCGCUUCAUCGAGGACAUGUAGCCCUUUCUCCACAUUAUCUUCACAGACUAGAUCGAUCUCUUCUCUUCACUCAUUGAGAACCGCUCAACAAUCCAAAUCAAAGCCUUCCGCCCAUCAGUCUCGGACCUUCCUGGUUCAGCUCAAACGGCAAUCCCAGACUUUGAAAGAAAACCCUUCCGCAACAACAGGAGCCGUUCCUCCUCCUGGUGCAAGCCUGCAACUCACAAACCUCCCAUAUUUCAUUCGUCGCACAGCAUCAAACCAACUCCCCGUAUAUCUCGUCACAAAAGCCGGUGGUACCAAGCAGCAGACCAAGAUUCAGAAGACGGAAGGCGAUCUAGAAGCAUUGAGGAGCGACCUUGCACGGUAUCUCGGUCUUGAAAGCGGCGACCCUCGCUCGCCAAAAAGCCCGGACGUCACUAUCAACCGUCUCAAUGGCCAUAUUAUUGUCAAGGGUUGGCGGAAGCCUGAGAUUCAAAAGUUCCUUCUGGAGCGUAACUUCUAA